CUUCGCGACUCGAAAUCUCCAGUUCCGCGCAGCCCCGUCUUUUUCCGAAGUCGUUGUUGCGCCUCGCGCUCCUCUCCCACCCUCCCGCCGCAACUCCAGCCCAUCCUCGACAACGCCGGCGGAUAUUGUAAUUCGCACACCCAACUAAACCGGUCUCGAACUGGCGGAGAUAAUUGCGAACAACAGUCAGCCCUGCUCUUCUCAAGCACCAUGUCGGCGAUGGGCGACCCCAGUUUCGGGGUCCACAGAGACCUGCUUCCCCAUGUGCAUCUGAUUUCGACCCAUCGACACCCCGUCAAGGCUCGCGUCGACCCUUCUGAAGUCACCAGUUGGCUGAUGCAAGCCCCCAAGAUCGCCCGCGACUCUGCUCCAUUUUACUGGACAUACAUCGAGCGUCCUGGCGACGGCGCUAUCUACUUGACGUGGCAGCCGUUGCAACAGAUGGGCACCAGCUUUGCCAGCGACGGGUACAUCUGGCCUCCUCAGGAGCAGUACCUGCAGCAAGAAGUGGGAAACGGCGUGAUCCUCGAAAUGUAUCUCCACAAGGCCGGAUUCUCCUAUGGCGAGCCGUUCGCAACGCGUUCGAGGCGUCGCUUUCGCCUCAUCCCCCCCAGCGUCCACAACCCGAACGCCCCCCAGGUCGACCCCAGUCUUUGGAUUGUCCACUACGGCCCCCUCGACAACAAUGAGCGCGUCCCUUCCCAGAUGCUCCCGCGAGAUCCUCGAAUGCAGUCUAUCCUCGAGACCCGCGCCUACCUUAUGCGUUGUGGACAGAUUCAGCGGAAGGAAUUCAUCCUCGGUGAUAGGGUCAAUUGGCCACAGAUCGCCUGGCCCAGGGACACGUCGCGGCCGCCGAUGUAUCCUGCGCCCCGUGGAGUCCCCCAGACGAUGGCAUAUCCGCCUCACCCCUCUAACGUUGGCAGUGGACCGCCAUCGAAACGCGCCCGAACUGCCCAGGCUGCCCAGGGUCAAGUCCCGCCCGCCAUCGCCGCCCCCCCGCCACCGGAUAGCGCUUACGAUGACGAGGAGGAUACGUCCCGCGGCGACAUGUUCGACCAUCUGACGCCGCGGGAGGUUAGCUUAGCUAGAUACCGUCAAAAUCACGAGUGGAUGGAGGAGAUAUUGUCGUCUCCCUAUAGGAUGGCCCAGAUCGGGUUUUCAGACCUCGGACUGGGUCUCAAAGGCGAGCUGUCGGGCCUCACCGACGGGCUCUUCGAGGCUCACGGGUUUAACGUUGCCACGCAGUCGCCUUCAAAGCCUGCCACUGCUCGCCUAGACCCCGUCCAGGCAUCCGAGUUUCGCAAGCGGGUUAACGACCGGAUCCAGUCUACCCAAGCAGACAUCGAGAAGAUGAAAGCUGAUCACGCCAAGAAAGUCACCAAGUUCAAACAUAAUUCUCUGCUGACUACCGCCGAGAGAGAGUUACGAUCCGCUGUGGACGAGCCAGGUUCGGACGCGUUGCAGCUUGAAGGCCGAGCUGAGGACAAUGAAGAUGGCACCAAUCGUUGGUCGUUAAAACACAACAAGAAAGUCGACGAUAUCGUAUCCCAGGUUGAGGCACAUCUCGGCCGUAGGGCGGAGGUCAUCUACGAGCUUAGGCGAAUCCAAGACGGUGGCUAUCAAGAACCCACCCCCGAGCCGGCGCCCCAACCUAUUCCGGCUCCCCUCCCCGCUGUCGGCGGGCUUCAGAAUGGGCCCCCUAACGGUGACACUCCGAUGUCCCGCCAGCCGUCACACGCGGGCUCCCAGCAUAGUGGGCAUAGUGGAUUUAUGAUGGGGGAUUCCGACAUCGACAUGGGCGGAACGGCGGCCGGCCUUCUCGAUCAAAUGCACACGGGAACUGGUGCGUCGUCGAUCUCUACGCCGAUGAAUAACUUCCCGACGCCGCAGCCGCAGGCUUCGGCGGUUCAUUCCAGCGUCGCUACGCCCGCGAACCCGAAUAAUGCCCCUUCGCCGCGCCAACCUGCCCCCAAGGAUGAUACAGGUGACGUGAAGAUGGAAGGCGCCGGAGCCGUCGAACUGCCCACCGGAACUACCCCGGAUCAGGGGACGGGGAGCGGAGAUUGGGUCAUGGUUCCUAAGGGCGGCGUCGCUCCGGACGUGCCCGCAAACACGGCCCCCGCAAAUAACCCCCCGAAAGCGGCGGCGACCCCGGGCAAGCCGGUUUCGGCGACGGGGACGCCUUCGGCCGGAUUCGACGGUGACCAAACCGACUUUGGUUCGCUGGAUAAUUUAGAUACGGCAGGGGAUGCUCUCGCCGGAUUUGGCGGGACGCCCGGGGACCUUGGCGAGGGCCUAGAUUUAGACAUGGAAGACUCAGCGUUCGGCGACGCCUUACACGGCGUCGACGCACAGCAAUCCGGGGGUACGCCAGCCGAGGGCAGCAUGUAGGACAUGGGCCCAAAUGACCUUGACUCCAUGCUCCUGUACGUCCGAACACCCAAAACGGAAAAUAGAGGUGGGAAAAGGGAGGGGAGGAGGAUGGGGGAUGCGUUCGCUUCUUUCUAAGGGGCGUCCCAAGCUCCUAGCGUAGAUAUUAUUUAUAUUCGCUUGGGACGAAAAAGAAACUGCAGGCUCGGCCGAAAGAAAUAUUCGAGGGGGCGUUAGGGAGUCUUGAAUCCACGACGGCGUGGCGCAGCGCACGUCGUGCUGUGUAUUGUAUC